AUGGCGCCCGUGGAGCGCGAAGCCUCCAGGGACGCUGAUCGUCCUCUGAGACACAGACAAUCAAUGUCUUCUGAUCAAGGCAGAGCUCUGGUCCCCAUACUGAUGAAGACCAGGUGGGACAGCUCAGAUCCCGACAGGGCACCACCGCCCUUGCCCAUGAACCCGCAAUCGCCAGUUACAACCUCUAGGAAAGGAACUUCCGUUGCUAUUCAGUCUGCUCACGCUGCUCUAAACGAAAGAGCUCGUGAGAGCGCCAUGCUUCCGGCGCCCUUGACCAAAAGGAACACCGAAACAUCCCCCGAACGUUCUCUUAUCAAAGGAUCGCACCACAAACGCAUGCAAUCCCUACAACCAGGAAACGUCAGAGACCUCAGCCUGCUCUUGGAGAGUGGCCAGCAAUCCAACCCCCCUUCGCCGACAAAAUCCCCUGAGCGGACACGCCCUUCUACGCCGGCGGCCAACAGAAGGGACAGCUUCGCCGACACAAGAAGAGACAGUUUCGCCGAUAGCAGGAGAGAUAGCUUUGCAGAUCUGAGAUCGACGGAGAGAGAGGCCACCACGCCUUCAUCAGUUCAAAGUCAGACGCCGGUCGUACGCCCGACGAUAAAAAGACAACAACAAAGCAUCUUGGGCGAAAACACACCUCCGCAAUCUGCUACCAUGCUUGCAAUACAGAAUAUGCCGCUUCAAGGUCAGCAGGACAAGGAGAAUGUCGCAAAUGGCUCUACUGCACUCGUCAAGGCUCCUCAACAGGUCGAAGCUCUUUCGGGGCAGAUUCUAAGUCUCACUAGCAUCGCGACAGCUCUCCAAAAAGACAUGGCCCAGUUGAGCCGAAGAAGCCGUGACAAUGCCACCGACUUGCUGAGUUUGAAGGAAGCGACAAAAGCUCGGGACGAGGAUAUCCGUAAGAGCUUGCGCGAACUUAUCAAUAAUGCCCAGGAUGCUGCUGCAAGCAGCAGGCCAAGCUCCCGCGACCCCUUCGUCAACAGCUUGUUCCUCGAUACCAAGCCCCACCACACCUCCCCUCCACCAAGCAAAGCUGGACGCCCCUUUUCUCUACCUAGAAUCCCUUCACCGAACAGCUUUGCGGCAUCUAUCGAUCGAGAUGCCUUGAGCACACCAUCGCUCUGCAACUCCAACACCAACUCCAACUCGGAGUCUCCGACUACCAUUGCGAUACUGGACAAGAUUAUCAGAGACAUGGGUACGAAGGAGGGACAUGACCUGCUUCUUGCUCGCCUGACCGACGUUGCCGAGAAGCUUGCUGGAGUGGCGCCCGCUUCGAAGGUUGAGGAGCUGAUCCAGCUCGUCAAGACUAAGCCAGCUGAUGCCAUGAUCUCGCGAAGCGGCGGCGGUCAUGGAGAGAGCACCAGGAAUAUGCCUCGUGCAGCUGUGUUUGACGACGACAACAGCACUAUGGACUUUGAUUACGACCCUGGAUAUGCAAGUCAGCUGACCCAUCGAUCGGAGAGGGCCUUGCAUAAUGAGCCCGCCUCGAGAUCUGCGGCAUCUGGCAAUGCUUCUGAGAUCGUCAGUGACGAAGUGCUCAAGAUCAUCCGUACCGUUAAGGACAGCGUAGCACAAGGGGGCGGUCUCACCGCAGAAGUCAAGGCUCUUGUCCGGGAGCUACGUGGCGAAGUGCUGGGUAUGGGACGGGAGAUUGGAAGGAGACUGGACGAAGCUCAGGCACAAUCAAAGUCUGAAGAACCCUCGACUGAUAAUGGUGAAGUUUCGAAGAUCGUCCACGAGGGAAUCGAGCAGAUGAGAGAGAACAUGGACGAGCUUCUCCGUGAGCAUCGACGCCAGUCCGCCAACUCUGUGGCCUCAAGAGCACCAGCAAUCGACUAUCAAGAAAUAUAUAAUGCCAUGAGAGCAGCGCUUCGAGACUCCCAAGCAUCGCAGGAGAAAGAGCCUGAUCUGAAUCGGGAGGAUGUCAUCGAGGCUGUCAGGGACGCCUGGGAAAACUACAAGCCCGAGACUGAGAACCAAGAUCCUGGUCUUGGACGCGAAGAGAUCCUCGAGUACCUCAAAGAGGGAUUGCAGGACUAUGUCGACAGGGACCAGGAGCCUGUGGGAGCUUCGCGAGAAGAGGUGUUCCAAGCAGUUGUUGAGGGUCUCAAGCAUUUUUCGCCUCCACGCGUCGAGACACCAACAAGCCUCUCACGAGACGAGAUUCUGGAAGCCGUUCGCGAGUGCUUAGAGGAGUUCGAGUUCCCUGUUGCCCCCUCAGCGUUCACACAAGAACUUACCCGAGAGGACAUGCUUCAUGCGGUCAAGGAAGGCCUCAGCGGCUACGAUCUGCCUACCGCCGGAGCUCUCGUACCGCACCAGAGCAACAACGAAGAAGUCGUCACUCGUUUGCAAGAUAUUCUUGAGUACAUGCGCGGAGAGUUCCGAGCAGUGACAGAGGAUGCGAAAGUGAACGCCGCCGCCAAUGGACGUGACACUGAGCAGAUUUUAGACGCUACUAAGGACGGUCUGGAGAAGCUUCGUGCCGACAUGGAAGCAUAUGUCAGUCAUCUCAGUGGCAGCACCGCCGGGCAGGAAGAAAUCACCCAAACUCUUGUCGACACAUUAGAUACCUUCAGAGAUGAGAUGGCUAUGCUGGUCGACCGCGUUUCGAGCGAUUCCAGGUCGACAAUCGAGUCACACAUGGAGUCACUACGCGACACCGUCAACUCCUCCAUGGUGCCGGUCACUCCACAAGUCAACCAGAAGGAGAUCAUCGAAGCCGUGAGAGAUGGAAUCGACAGUGUGCGUGGCGAGUUGCGCCGACCCUUCGCCGGCGUCACGGACAUUCUAGAUGCUCUCCACGAUGGCUUGGCCGAUCUGCGCAUCAGCAUUGACAAGGUCGCGAACCGGCCAGCGGAUCUCACAGCCAAUGAUGAAGUCCUCGACGCAUUGAAAGCCGGGCUGGACAAUGUCCGCUCAGAAAUCGAUGGUCUCCGAGAACUGCAAGGCCAGAACGACAAAGCAUUGACGACCAUGCAUGACGGCGCUGUUGUGCCAGUCCCAGCCGAUGCCCUCAAGCAGGAUGACAUCAAAAACCUUGAGGUUCUCAUCACUCAGCUCCGGAUCAAGAUCGAGGCCAUGGAACCCGCGAACGCCGAUCCUGUCGCCAAAGAUGAUCUCACUCGUAUGGAGGACAUGCUUCGUUCUCUCCAGGAAUCUGCAUCCAAGGACGACAUGCUCCGUCUCGAGGACAUGCUUCGACUCGUACAAGAGUCGGUCUCCAAGGACGAGACUUCCCGGAUCGAAGAAGUCCUGCUUAACGCCCAGAGCUCAGUCACCAAGGAGGAUAUAACCCGUCUGGAAGAGGCGAUUCUGCCCAUCCAGGAGUGGGUCAAGUCCAAGGAAAGCCCUGUCAGCACCGAUGCUUCAACAAAGGAGGACGUCCAAGCGAUUGAAACCAUCCUUCGUAAUACUAAGGGUCGGCUGGACGACCUCAUUGACAACGAGCAAGCCGUGCGAAAGGAACAUCUAGACAGCUUGGAGAACACCAUACUGGAAACCAGGGAAGCCAUCAAUCUCAUCACUACGCAGCUGGAUACUCUCCCGAAGAAGGAUGACGUGACAUCCGUUGAAGCAUUGGUAACACAGGUUGCUGCAGGCUUUGAAGAAAUGAAAGAGAGCGCUGCCAAGCAAUUGGAGGAUCCCGAGCGAGUCACCAAGACUGAUGUCGAGGCUGUGGAAGCUGCUUGUCACGAUAUCAAGGACGUGUUCGAUCAACUGCUCAAGACUGAGAUCGCCACCCUCGUCACCAAGGAGGACCUGAAAAAGACAGAGACAACCUUGGAGGAGCUCAAAGGCCCCCUCGAGGCGUUGGUGGUCCUGGAGGGGCUCAAGGAAGGACUGCAAGAGGGUAUGAAAGCCCCAUUGGAUGAGUUGAAGACGGAGCUCAAGACGGAGAUCAAGACCCCCAUCGAGGAGCUCAAGGCUCCACUCGAAGAGCUCAAGACACGACUUGACUCCCUGGUCGAGUCGCACGACAAGGGAAGCGAGGAGCGCCAAGCCGAGAUCGUUGGCGUUAGCGAACGUGUGACUGAAGUCAAGACCUUCCUCGAGGAGUUCCAGGGUUUGGUCAAGGGUAAACUCGAAGAGGGUGCCACUGGAGUCGAGAGCCUCUCAAAGUUGCUCGAGGGUGUGUCGACAGCAGUGGAGAACAACGCUUCCGUCAACCAAGACCUGAAGGACCUCUCCGAUACGAUGAAGCUAGAGUUCGAGGAGUCCAAGGCCGCCGUAGUCGGUGCUAAGCUGGAGUCAGACGAGAAGUUCCAGCAGACUACUGAUGCCUUGAGCGCCAAGAUUGAGGAGAAGGUCACGGAGUUGAUGACCAAGUACGACGAGUUUCACGUUGCCCUUGACGACCGCGCCAAAGCUGGGGAGGCAAGAGAUGCCAGCACCGAAGAGGCAGUCCUGGGUACCAAGGCUGUUGCGGAAGAGCUCAAGUCUCUCGUGGACACACUUGGUGCUGCUGUUACCGACUCGAUGGAGAAGAUGGAGGAGGCGUCCAAGACCGUAUUCACCAGAGUUGAGGAUCUCAUGACCAAGUCUGAGGAGAACCACACAGAUGGGAAGGCCGAUCACCAGCAAACUCGGGAUCACCUGAAGCAAGCUGUCGACGCCGUCGAAAUCAUUCAGGGACAGCUUGUUGAAUCUCAACCUCAGAUCUUGGAAUCGAUCAAAGAUGUCUUGCUUAUCGUUGGCCAACAUUACGAUUACGCCAAGACGUCAACGAAUGAUAUUCAGAAGACAAUUGAGGAUGCCAAGCCAGUCGAGCUCGCUCUGCCACCAAUCCCAGACAAGUAUGACGACACUGUCGUUCUGGAGAAGCUUACCAAAUUGAUCGAGCAUUCCGAGGUUCCAGUCGAAAAGUACGAUGAUGCAGGUGUUCAUGAAAAGCUUGACAAGCUCGUUGAACAUGCUUCUGUUCCUGCUGAGAAGUACGAUGACGCGCCAGUACACGAGAAGCUUGACAAGAUCGUGGAGCAUGUUUCCACUCCGGCAGAGAAAUACGACGACACGCCCGUUCAUGAGAAGCUCGACAAGCUUGUAGAGCACUCUCAAGUACCAGUCGAAAAGUACGAUGAUGCGCCGGUCCACGAGAAACUUGACAAGCUCGUUGAACAGCAGCUGUUGAUCCCGACCGAGAAGUACGACGACGCGCCGGUCCAUGAGAAACUUGACAAACUCGUGGAGCACUCUCAGAUACCUGUGGAGAAGUAUGACGACGCGCCCGUUCACGAGAAACUCGACAUGCUUGUGGAGCACUCUCAGGUGCCUGUUGAGAAGUACGAUGACGCGCCGGUGCAUGAGAAGCUUGACAAGCUCUCUGAACAGCAGCUGUUGAUCCCGACCGAGAAGUACGACGACACAGUGGUCCAGGAAAAGCUGGACAGGAUCGCUGAGUACCAGUCUCUGCUUCCGACCGAGAAGUACGACGAUGCGGCAGUUCAAGAGAAGCUCGACAUGCUUGCCUGUGGACAGUCAUUGAUCCCUACGGAGAAGUACGACGAUACGCCAGUGCACGAGAAGCUGGACAAGCUUGCUGAACAGCAAUUGUUGAUCCCAACCGAGAAGUACGAUGACACAAUAAUUCGGGAACAGCUCGGAGUUCUGGCUGAACAGCAGCUGCUGAUUCCGACUGAGAAGUACGACGACGCAGCCCUGCAAGACAAGCUGGACAAGCUUGCCGAGCAGCAGGCAUUGAUCCCUACUGACAAGUACGACGAUGCCGCCGUUCACGUCAAGCUGGACGAGCUCGUUGAUCAUAGUCAUGCUGCUGAGAAGGCGUUUGGUCAGCUCGACACUCUUGAAAAGGUCCAUCAGCAAGUAAUCCAAACAGCCACGGACAUCUCGCUCUUCCUUGCAAGCCAGACCAAGAAGAUCAAAGAGGAGGAAGACGACAGAGAGCAGUUUCUCCAGGAAGUGAACAUUGAUCUCGAGCGCAAGCUUGCUCUCAAGGAGCAGAUCGAAGCUAGUCUGCUGGAUCUGAAGCAAGAGGAAGAGAGACUCAGGGCUUCUGUUCUCGGGCUUCGGACGGAGCAAGAAAGUCUCAUCCGGCAAAAGACAAGACUGACGGGCGAUGUCUCGUCUCUCGAGACUGCACUGCAUAUCCGUCGGGACGAGCUUCACGACAUGGAAUCUCGUGCCGAGGGUUUGGAGCGCCGCAUUCUAGAAGGGGUUAUGGACCAUUCCCGCGUACUGCUGAUGUCAAAGGCAACCAAAGGGCGCGACGCUAUGAGCCGUAAGCGUGUCCGGGACCAGAAGCCGGGUCAGGAGAAUGAAGUCCCCGAGAAGCCUGCGUCUCCUGCUGUGAACUUGGCCCUUUCCGCGAAACGAAACCUGAAGCCUCCGUCGCAAGCAGGCGCUGCUCGCCGUAUCUUAUCCCUGAGCCAGAUCACGAACAACGUGCCAACCGGUGGAGUUCAGCGCAGCCAGAGCGUCAGGACUGCCGGUGCUCGUGGUCAUCGCAAGUCCAGUUGGGCUGGAGGCUUCUCGAAGGGCUACGGAGAUCUCGACAAGGAGAAUAUUUCUUUGAAGGAGACGGAGGAGGAGAACAUGCCUAGUUCCACGCCUGUUAUGCACGAAGAACCAGCUGGGGCCGAUGAUCCCAGUGAUACCGAGACGUUGCGUCGCAGUAGUCAUGGCAGUCGUAUGAGCCGUGGUAGCCGCGGUACAACGGUCGUGACAGAGAGUACCGAAAACUACACCGGCGACGGCGAUUAUUCGGACUAUUACGACGACAACCACAGCGAUUUGCAGAGUGACCUCCAAAGCGAGUGGACUGAGAGUGUCGUGAGCUCAAACGUCAGUUCCAAUGUUAGUUCAGACCUUGGCUCCGACCUCAGUCAAGAAACUCUGAACAAUGAAGUCGUGGCCUAG